GGCUAUUUCAUUUGAAUGCUUGUGUUAUUGAAGAGAAGAAGAAUUGUGUCUUCCACACUCAGGCUAAGCAAAAAUGGGUAGUUCACAUUCAACAGACAAACGCCGUCAUCAUGGGUUUGAUGCAGACCGAGAUGCCAAGAAAUUACACAGUGCCUGCAAAGGAGCAGGAACUGAUGAAAAAAAAAUUAUUGAAGUCUUGUCAAGUCGAACAUCAGAGGAGAGACAACAAAUUAAACAGAAGUACAAAGCUCUCUAUGGCAAGGAUUUGGAAAAGGUCCUGAAGGGAGACCUGAGUGGCAAUUUUGAAAAGGCUGUGCUGGCUCUGCUGGACCUUCCCUGCGAGUAUAACGCCCGGGAGCUUCAUAAGGCCAUGAAGGGCGCCGGGACUGAUGAGUCGCUGCUGAUUGAGAUCCUCUGCACACAAAACAAUAAGGAAAUCACAGACAUAAAGGAGGCAUACAAGCGGCUCUUUGAUAAAGAUCUGGAGUCUGAUGUGAAAGGUGACACAAGUGGUUCUCUGAGGAAGAUAUUGGUCACUGUGUUGGAGGCAACCCGAGAUGAGAACCAACAGGUCAACAUAGAGCUUGCUGAGCAGGAUGCCUCAGAUCUAUAUAAAGCAGGAGAAGGCCGCUGGGGAACAGAGGAGCUGGCUUUCAAUGUUGUCUUAGCAAAGAGAAGCUACAGUCAGCUGAGAGCAACUUUUCAGGCCUACGAAAAGGUGUAUGGGAAAGACAUAGAAGAAUCCAUUAAAAGUGAAACAUCAGGAGAUCUGGAGAAAGCUUAUCUUACUCUCGUCAGCUGUGCCAAAGACUGUCCGGGUUACUUUGCAACACUUCUGCACAAGUCAAUGAAAGGAGCUGGGACCGAUGAAGAUACCUUGAUUCGCAUCCUUGUGACCAGGGCUGAGAGUGACCUUCCAGCAAUAAAGGGGAAGUUCCAGGAAAUGUACAAGAAGUCAUUAACUGAAGCUGUCCGAUCCGAUACCUCUGGGGACUUCAGAAAGUUGCUUCUGGCUAUUUUGCACUAAACGGCCAUCAAGAAUGAAGAGGCAUGCUGAGCAGCCACCUCUUGAUCAGCUUCCAAAACAGCAUCCAAAAAAUGUGGCAUUUGCACAAAGAAAAAAAUCCAAUUUAUUUUCUUUCCAGCUGGGAAAGAUGCUGCCAAGUAAAGCUGGACGUGAGGUUUAUGUUAUGGCUAUCUCAUCAAAUGUCCUUAAGCAAUAAAGACGUGUUAAAAAACUAA